AUGAGUCAUGUGGCCGUCGAUAAUGCACACGGUCUAGAACAGCAGCUUGCUGUGUUAGACUUGAACGCAACAGACGCACAAGGCCGACGAUACGUUCCUCCACAUUUGCGGAACAAAGAUCCUACAAAAAAUGCUGGAAACGCUUUUGUCCCACGUCAGGGAGCGUACCCCAUGGCACCAGCCGCCAACUACGGGUGGGAUGCGGCUCGCAGCAACUUUGUCAACGGUUUCCACGACAACCGGAUGGCGGGCGGCAACACAUUCACGCGAGGCCCGCCUCGAAUGGAGCGCAACCGGGGGGGAGGCGGCUUCCGGGGCAACAGGGGCGGAGCCUUCAACCCCAUGACCGCCACGCAGCCAAUGGGCUUUGUUGCGUUCGAGAACAAAGACACAAGUGGCUGGAAUGCAACAAAAGAAGCGUACAGUAAUUUUGGAAACAACCGCGGCAAAUCUGCUUUCUUCAACGACAGAGGAAACGCCAACCGGGGAAGGUUUGAGCACGGAAGCUUCAACGCUCCGGGAAACAGUCGCUGGGUGGACGAGUCUCGCGAAGAUGGAGACUGGUCCAAACCGACACCGCAGAACGAGAGGGUCGAGCAUGAGCUGUUCUCUGGCUGCAACAACGGCAUUAACUUUGAGAAGUACGACGACAUUCCUGUAGAAGCAACCGGACAGAACUGCCCCCACCACAUCGAAAGCUUUCAGGACGUGGACAUGGGGGAGAUCGUCAUGGGGAACAUCGCCCUGAGCCGCUACACUCGCCCCACACCGGUGCAGAAGUACGCCAUCCCCAUCAUCAAGGGCAAGAGGGACCUGAUGGCCUGCGCACAGACUGGAUCAGGGAAAACCGCAGCCUUCCUGUUGCCCAUUCUCAGCCAGAUUUACGCCGAGGGUCCAGGAGAAGCUCUGAAUGCAGCCAAAGCCUCCGGACAGGAGAACGGAAAGUACGGCCGUCGUAAGCAGUAUCCCAUUUCUCUGAUUCUGGCUCCGACUCGAGAACUGGCUUUGCAGAUUUAUGACGAGGCCAGAAAGUUUUCAUAUCGCUCGCGAGUACGGCCUUGCGUGGUGUACGGUGGGGCAGACAUCGGGGGUCAGAUUCGGGACCUUGAGCGAGGCUGCCAUCUGCUAGUGGCCACUCCAGGACGUCUGGUCGACAUGAUGGAGCGUGGCAAGAUCGGCAUGGACUACUGCAAUUACCUGGUUUUGGACGAGGCCGACCGGAUGCUGGACAUGGGGUUCGAGCCUCAGAUUAGACGCAUCGUGGAGCAGGACACGAUGCCCCCAAAAGGAAUUAGACAGACCAUGAUGUUCAGCGCCACCUUCCCCAAAGAAAUACAGAUCCUGGCGCGGGACUUCCUGGAGGAGUACAUCUUCUUGGCAGUGGGCCGCGUUGGCUCCACUUCAGAAAACAUCACCCAGAAAGUGGUUUGGGUCGAAGAGAGUGACAAACGGUCCUUCCUCCUGGAUCUGCUGAGCGCCACAGUCGUCCCCACUGAGGCACAGGACAAUGCAGCAGACAACCUAGAGAAACCUGGGAAAGACUCGCUGACGUUGGUGUUUGUGGAGACAAAGAAGGGCGCAGAUGCUCUGGAGGACUUCCUGUAUCGCGAGGGCUACGCCUGCACCAGUAUCCACGGCGACCGCUCCCAGAGAGACCGCGAGGAGGCGCUAAGCCAUUUCCGGUCCGGGAAGUGCCCCAUCCUGGUGGCCACUGCGGUGGCGGCUCGUGGUCUGGAUAUUUCCAACGUGAAACAUGUGAUCAACUUCGACCUGCCCAGUGACAUCGAGGAGUACGUCCACCGCAUUGGGCGCACAGGACGAGUAGGAAACCUCGGUCUGGCCACGUCUUUCUUCAACGACAAGAAUGGAAACAUCACUAAAGACCUGCUGGACAUCCUGGUGGAGGCCAAACAGGAGGUGCCAUCGUGGCUCGAGUCUCUGGCGUACGAGCACCAGCACAAGAGCAACAACAGGGGGCGCAAGAGGUUUUCCGGUGGAUUCGGGGCACGUGAUUAUCGUCAGACUGCAGCCGGAACAAAUGCUGGAGGCUUUGGAGCGCGUGGAGGUCGCAACCAGACCGGACAUGGAGGGAACCGCGCUUUUGGAGGAGGAGGAUUUGGAAACUUCUACGCAGCCGAUGGCUACGGAGGAAACUACUCUCACACCCAGGUGGACUGGUGGGGCAACUAG